GAGAGAGAGAGAGAGAGAGAGAGAGGACUAAGAAGGAAAAAAAAAAAAUCUACAGAAUAGAGAGAAGACUAAGAAAAAAUGCCGGCGAGUGCAACAUUGAUCGGAGCUCUACUGGGUUUCGGCACCCAGGUAUAUUCCAACGGCCUUCGUAAACUUCCCCUAAUGAGGCAUCCAUGGGAACACGUUUUAGGUAUGGGUCUUGGCGUAAUCUUUGCGAACCAGCUAGUCAAAUGGGAUGCUAAGCUUCAAGUGGAUCUCGACAAGAUGCUUGAGAAGGCCAAGGCUGCCAACGAGCGCCGCUAUUUCGAUGAAGAUGAAGCUUAGCACUUCCAUGGCACGAGUUUGCUGAACAGUUCAGUUGCAUGUGCAUGGAGCCUCUAAACUGUUCAUCCUUUUGGGUUAUUUAUGGAGAAUUGGAGAUAACACUUUGCUUUAUCUUAUCUUUUUGGCUUGCUGUUUGUAAUGUUAUCCAUUUUUCCCCCUGUACUGAAUUAGCUUAAGCUUUGUGCAAGACUGCAAUGCAUUUGAAAUGCUAAAUGGAGAAAAAAUAACGUUAAAUCGGAAAAUAUGAAAGCAAUGAUUUGACUGAA